AUGAGAAGACGGCAGACACUAAAUAAAUUAAAAACAAUUUUAAUUACUAUGAUAUUAAAUUAUUAAAUUAUUUAGACCGCGAUAAUUGCAAACGAUAACGAUUCUUGCGCAAAAAUGUUUUUUGCGCAUUGUGUUCGUUUAAUUAAGUUAUUGAAGGUGAAGUAAAAACACUUGAAAAUGGAUUAUUGCAGCAUUACCGAUCCUCUGUUAUUUAGGAACUGUUUAGACAGUUUAAGCAUAACAGAGCUAUUAAGCUUAAAGCACUCCUUAAAUAAUUUGGAAAAAAAGAAGGAGAACAUGGCUAGCAUUUCCACAAAGCUUGCAAAACAUGACAUUUCAAAUGUAUCUUCGGAAGAGGAGAGCAGCGUAGAGCCUAUCGCAUUGCCUUUGAUGGCAGACGUCAGAGACUAUGUACCCGUUAUGUACGAUUACAAAGACUCGUGGCAGCUGGCCGAAAAACCUUCAAAAUUUCAAACGUUUUUUCAAAUAACAGUUACAACUUUAGCUUUUCUAUCGUUCGGUGGAUAUCUUCUUUGUCUUAUAGUGCAUGCUAUUAAAAAUAAGGGUCCGAUUACAUAUUUGCACCCAAUGGCGCCUACAGCGGACCCAAAUUCAAACCGAAUUAAACCUAUUAAAAUUUAUAAACGUAACCGUAGAUCUAUAAUUACCACUAAUCCUUAUAUUUUCUCUAAUCAACCUUAUCGACAUUACUUUACUUAAUAAAUUUGCCAAAAAAAAAA